AAUUUACAUAGAAAAUAGAAGUUAUGUAAACAAAAAAAAAUCUAUAAUCUAUUUGAUAAUUUGUGUUCAAAUGUUCUCAUAACAUUGUUACCUUGGACAAACACGUGUCCGAAAAUUGUUACAGUGCGUCAAAACUGUAGAUUAAAAAAUGUCCAAAACGAAUGGUGUUACAAAUAAUGCGUACAACUACGGAUCCAACGAUGGACAAGCAAAAGUUGACAUGGAAUCAAGUAAUUACGAAAGAGCUGCAACCAUCACAAGCCAUAACAUCAGAUACACAGUGGAUGUUAAAACAAAACCAUGUUGUGGGCAGGUAGAAAAGAAGGAAAUAUUAAAAGGAAUCAAUGGAGUUUUCAAGCCUGGUAUGAAUGCCAUCCUUGGACCAACAGGUAGUGGAAAAUCUUCAUUAUUAGAUAUAUUAGCUGGAAGAAAAGAUCCUGCUGGCUUACAAGGACAGCUGUUACUGGAUGGAUCUCCACCUCCUGAAAAUUUCAAGUGUAUGGUGGGCUAUGUUGUUCAGGAUGAUGUUGUGAUGGGUGGACUAACAGUUCGUGAGAAUUUUGAGUUCUCAGCAACUCUAAGGUUACCUAAUCAUGUCACUAAAGCUGACAGAAAAGACAGAGUGGAUAAUGUUAUAAAUGAACUUGGUCUGAACAAAUGUGCUGAUACUAAGGUUGGAAAUGAAUUUUUCCGAGGUGUGUCUGGUGGAGAAAGAAAAAGAACAAAUAUUGGUAUGGAGUUGAUUAUCUCCCCUCCUGUGCUAUUUUUAGAUGAACCAACAACAGGUCUUGAUGCCAACACAGCUAACUCUGUAAUGAUGUUAUUGAGAAGAUUAGCAUUAAAAGGAAGAACAGUUGUCUUUUCUAUUCAUCAGCCAAGAUUCUCUAUCUUCAAGUUAUUUGACAGUUUAAUGUUGUUAUCUAUGGGUGAAUGUGUUUAUCAUGGACCUGCUCAUGAAUCUUUGGACUACUUCAAAUCUAUAGGAUAUGUUAUAGAAGAACACAACAAUCCACCAGAUUUUUUCUUAGAUGUUAUUAAUGGAGAGGCAAAUCACUCAGAACAAGAUAUAAAAGAAAUUUCACUGAAAGACAUUGAAGAAGUACAUAAGAAAUUGGUAUCAUCUUUUCAGAAUUCAACUUUAAAUUCAAGAUUACAAAAUGAGAUGAAUCCAAUCUUACAACAGUAUCAGCAUGCUGUAGAGACCAAUACUGUUAAGGUUUUACCUAAAAUAGAAUACGCAACAUCAGCUUUCACACAGUUUAAAGCUGUUUCUGGUAGAACAAUACUUAAUUUACUGAGAAAUCCACAGUUGUCAGUUAUGCAGUGGUUGGUGUUGAUAAUAUUUGGGUUGAUUGUUGGUGCUAUUUAUUGGCAGCUAGAGAAGGAUUGUGUAACAGGGAUCCAGAACAGAGUUGGAGCCUUUUUCUUCAUUAUAAUGAAUCAAGUAUUUGGAAAUUUAUCAGCAGUAGAAUUGUUUAUCAAAGAGAGAUCUAUAUUCAUGCAUGAGAACGUGAGUGGAUUUUACAGAGUGUCGGCCUACUUUUUCUCCAAGAUUAUCUGUGAUGUUAUACCUAUGAGACUGAUUCCAGUUAUCCUGUUUUCAGUUGUCACAUAUUUUAUGUUGGGUUUUCAAGUAGCUGUAGACAAAUUUUUCCUGUAUGUCCUGUCAUUGUUUUUGGUAGCCAUGUCUGCAUCAGGAAUUGCUUUCUUCUUCAGUGCCACUGUUUCAAUAUUUGCUGUUGCUAACUUGUGUAUUGCUCUCACAUAUGUUUUUAUGAUGGUAUUUAGUGGUUUACUGGUAAAUGUAUCCUCUGUUCCAUCAUGGUUACAAUGGCUGAAAUGGGCAAGCUUAUUUAGAUAUGGUUUAAAUGCAUUGGAUAUAAAUGAGCUGAAAGACAUGACCUUUUCAAAUGGUACAGCUACAUGCUCAGUAACUGGUAAUGACUAUCUAGUUGAUCAGAACAUUCCUUACAAAACAAGCUGGGAUUUUUGGCAAAAUAUUGUUGCGCUUGUGUCCAUGUCAGUGAUCGCCAUGUGUGGUACAUACAUCCAGUUGAGAAGAAUGAAGAAAUUAAGAUAAAGAUCUUACAUUUGAGAACACAUGACAGAUUGUUGCUAGUACCAAACCAAGAUGUGUUUCUGUGUGAUGACAGAGUUGUGACCCUUAAUAAGUGUUAUGGUUUAGUUAUCAUGAAACUAACAUAAAUUUUGAAAUUUUUGUUAGUUAUUGGCUAGUUAGUUGGGAAAAAAAGAAAUGAUUUAUUGUGACAUUAUUUUAGAAAUUAAACAUCCUAGUUUUCAUUUUUUACAUAAACAAAUGAACAGAGCAUGUAUAGAUAUUACAUCGUAUAGCAUAUAAUUAUGGAUCAUUGAUUUUUACAUGUGUUGUAUAUAAGAUUUCAAGUUUCAAAUUUUUAUUUCCCAAAGACCAUAAAGAGGUUUGUGAAUAGUACAAACAAACUAAUAUUCAAAUAUAACAAAGUAACAAAGUAAUGCAGUGAUCAUUAUAGUUAAUCAUUAACAAAUAUACAAUAUAUAUAUUCAAUUUUAAGGAAGACUCAUUACCAUAUAUACAUGUACAAGAAGUAAUCAAUUUUAAGGAAGACUCAUUAACAUAUAUACAUGUACAAGAAGUAAUAAAUUUUAAGGAAGACAGCCAAAUUAGAUUAUAAUUGAUUCCAGCCUAGGUAACAAAUAAGAAAAAGUCUGGUCCUUGAAUUAGUGAAGCGAAGUAAGUGGAUCUCUCCUGCUUUAGUAUCCUGUUUAGCUAAAAAUGUUUAGCUUGGCUUAUGAUAAAGUGAAUACCAUCCAUACAGCCCCUUCAUUUAAGGUUUUCAGACAUUAUUUUUUAAGCCAUAAAUCAGAUUUUUACCAAAAUUGGUUAGAUAGUGUCCGGCAGGGAAAUGAAAGCCCUUUAAAUUUUGAGAUAAGGGGUAAAAGCUGUAAUAAUUGUGACUUUACUGUGAGUAUUACCAUCUUAAGCAAUCAGUUAUUAUUUUUAAUCCAAUUUUAGUUUGUAACAUUCAACCAUACUGAUCAAUUGGUCAAAUAUAUUAAGCAACUAAUACAUAAGUCAUCACCAAGUUAGCAUUGUAAGUAGAGAAAGUUAAAAAGUAAAAUAAAUUCUAUCCUAAAGAGGUGACUUGACAGUAGCUUACUUAUUUUCAAAUCAGAUGAAAGGCAAGAUUCAUAAUAUAGAUAUGCAUUUAUAUUUCUUUUUGCUUUACAAAAAUUGAGCUCAGUUAUAAAUAAAAUCAAAAACAUUCUGCUUGCAAACAAUAAAGUUCUGAUGAAGAGACUGGCAUGACCAGUGGAAAGUUCUGGUUUAUUUUAAAGAGUUUUUGUUAUAUAUGUGUAUAUUGACAAUCAUACCACAUCUUCUUAUUUAUAUAAGUAAACUCAAGUCAAAGGUACUGUUCUGGAACACACACAUAUAAGUAUUUCAAUAUAUUUUUAUAGAUUUUUAUCCAUGUGAAAAAUAUAUGCCAGUAGAUAUUAUUAAUCUUGCCAUAGUGAUGCAAUAAAUAUUAUAAAAAUUAUAAAACAUAAUAAAGUAAUAGCACUUCCAGAAAUAAACCUCAUUAGAUCCUACAAUCAAACUGAAAGAAUCUGUGUUUAAGAUUCUCCCUUAUGAAACAAUCAUUCACAACUGUUAUGUUUGUCCUGUUUGAGCCUCACAAUCUUCUUCAUUGGAAAUCAUUCUAUCUACUACUACAUGAUAGUGUCUCCUAAUUACCAUAGUGAAAAAUAGUUUGACGAUUGGACACUUCAUGAUAGUAGUAGGUAGAAAGCUUUAGUGCAGCUAUGAAAUAUAUUAAAAGUUGAUAAAGCCUUCCAUGUAUUAUACCCCAGGGAAAAAGUUCCAUAAGGGUAUAAUAAUUUUGACCUGUCCGUCCGUCAGUCUUGUUCUUAUCACUUGCAACAAAGAAUUUCAUGAAACUUUGUAGUUAAUUAGGACAUACUAGGUAGAUGUGCAUAUGGACAGGAAAUUAUGAUUUAACAUUUUUUCUAGGAGGUAUGCCCUUUGAACUAAGAAUUUUAGCCUAAAUAUACAACUGCAAACAUUUUUUAUCGCAACUCCUCUGAAACCACAUAAUGGAAUUUAUGAAACUUUGUAUAUAAUAAGGACAUUAUAUGUAAAUGUGCAUAUCCACAAGAAAUUUCUAUCAUUUGACCUUUUUAGGAGUUAUGAGUCUUUAAACUUGGGAAUCUGGUGAGAUUUUGUUUGCACAGUGACAAUGUAGGGGUGUGAGGUAUGUGAGAAUACUCACAAAGGUGUUUUGAUAUGUCUCUUGUUAAAAUGGACCCCAGUAAUCGUAACUGUAUAAAUGUCUCAAUGUAUCUUACUUUCAAAUAAUAAUUUCCCUAAGUACAUGUAUUCUAUAUUAAUAUACAGGGAUAGUUGAUUGAAGCUGUAGAUUAUAAAUAGCAAACGCACAAUAAAUUUAUGUUAAUAAAAAGUUUUUUUUGUGAAUGAGAGUGAGGCUUAUACAAUUGUGAAAAGAUUAAUAACUUAACAUUUACAAACUGAAACAUUACAGUGGCAAUUUGAAACAAUCAGUUGAAUAAAUCAUAAACUUAACAAUCAAAAUCAGUAUUCUUGCCAAUUAUUGUUGUGUUCAAAGUUUUGCAUUUCAUUAUUUAUUAAUUAAUGACUAAACUUGCAUAAUUAUUAACUUGUGAUUUUUAUUCAUGUUUUUUUUAUACAUAUACUUCCUUGUUUUACUUUAUUUUUUAAUACCAGUGCCAAAUUAAAUGAUAAUGAAAAAGUCCAAUGACAAGUUUCAUCGUGUUUCAUCUCUUUGUGUCACAAAUUUAGCUUGUGAAGAAAGUUCAGUACAUUGUAUUUGAAUGUAAAAUAUAAGGAAAUACAAUGACAAUGGUUCAUGUUUACAUUGACCACUGUCCUAUUUAAACAAAUCAUGGUAUUGCUACUUACAAAAGAAUCAACUUGUAAUAUUCUGUAGUGUUGAAAAAUUUCACAAUUGAUUUAUUUGUGGUAAUUUCAUGAUUAAGAACAAAGAAAAAUAAAAAAUAUUGAAUGGUUCCUUAGUAAAAGGUAUAUGAGAGGACUCAUAGCUGGCAAAAACUGUAAUUUUUGAAUUUACAAACUGUUUACAUUGUCAAUUGAAAAUGUUGUUUCUUUUUCUUUGUUCUUAGUUUUCAACUGAUUAUAAUUUUUUUAUAUUAUUUCACUUGAUGAAUAUUAUAGUAAAUAACAUGCAGAAAUAUAUAUAAUUAAUAAAGAGAACAGAUAUCUUGUUAAAA